AUGAGACCAAUUAUCCCCCUCUACAGUGAAGCCUCCAGCCCCAAGCCCUCGUCAAGGAUACUUCCCCCUAAAGGAAAGAAGGCUGUACGGCGUUGGGAACGUACUGGAAAACCCAAGUCCCGAUCGGGCUGCGGGACUUGCAAGAUCCGAAGGGUCAAAUGUGACGGUAAGGUCAUUCGAUAUCUGGCCCUUGAGCAGGUUUCUAAUCAUAUGAGUAUAACUACAGAAGCUAGACCAAUAUGCGUUCGAUGUGCUAAGGGAAGAUUCGAUUGCGACGGUUACAACAGCGACACGACCAGAGAAGCGAGCGACUCAAAUGGAUUAUCAAGUGGCACUGAGAGUUCAAUUAGCGACGUGUCCGCGUCACCUAGAGCCCCUGGAACCCCCGCAACAACUCUAGACCUGACCCCAAGUCCUGGGUUAAACCACUCGGAAUCCUGUACAUGGCAUGCACCUACUUCAUCGUUCGAUCUGUACAUAUCGGCCUACACCCCCGUCUAUAUGGAACACUUUAGCCAAAAUGCUAAUCUCGGCAAUGCACUAUUCAUCUAUAGCGAACCUUUUUCCAGCAUCUUGCUUCAAGAGACCCUUCAAGAUGAGUGUAUACAAAAGGCAGUACUGGCCCUUGGGGCGCUCUUUCACAGUGGCUUUAUCUUAAGCCAGAAUGAUGUACAAAUAGAGAUCGCCAAUCACCACAGGCUCCAAUCUCUUCAGCUCUACAACGUUGCACUGAACACUUUCCGAAAGCGCAUGCAGAAUCUGACCGGUACUACGUCCCGAUGGAUAGCUCUCAUGACCCCACUGCUAGCCAUGUAUGAGUUGCUCCAGGGUGACUUCGACGCUGCAGAUAAACUUCUUAGUAGCACGAUUGAAGGACUCCGUUCUUCAGGAUAUAUCUCGCACACUUCGACCAGCGAGAGCUCUGGUAUGUUUUCUUAUACAAGUCUGCAGCUUGUCGGAGAUGCAUUACCUCUAUUCACGAUGACAAGUAAACAACGCUGCCAUGCGGAACUCCAGUGUGAUUCUGCGGUAUUUCUCCACUCAGAUCUGCUUGCCACCGUUGUCACUGAAGAUGCAAGCUUCGACGAGGAGUGUUAUUGA